GCUCUGUUUUUUUUGUCUAUCAUUUGUUAUCAUCGAACUUGAAUUAGUGUGUCGACUUCAUUAAAAAAGAACAAGAAAAAAAAAUUUAUUUCAAAAAAUAAAUAAAUACGACAAUGGUUAUUCAUCAAAGAUCAUUUAUGAACAUGAUACCUCAUCGGACACAAUUCAUAAUUAUUGUGGCCAUUCUUGCUGCCGUUAUCAUUGAUUCAUCGGCCAAUAGCCAAGAUUAUAGUCAUCAUCAUGAUAGCAAAAAUGACGAAAUAGUGAGCUUUGAAUUGCCCACCGAUACUGAUACUCAUAAUCAUCAACAUAAUCAGCAACAAUUAAAAUCCCAGCAUCAACAACCUGAAGUAUCGCCACCGGUUAAGCGACAAAUUUCAAAUAAUCCUAACUAUCAAUAUUAUAGCUUUGAGCUUCCAAAUACAAACACAACGAAUUUCCAAUUACCACCUGUUGAAGAUCAUUUUAUUCAUUAUAAGCAACCACAAUCACAGCCAUUACGUGAACAAUCGCAACCACAGCCUGUUCAUCGUCAUCAUUCACCACUUCCUAGUAAUCACAAUCAGCAGCCACAACAACAACAACAAUCACAAUAUCAGCCACAGCCACAAUAUGUUCAAUCUCAACCAAAGUCAACCAACUAUCAAGAUCAAUUCAAUUCGAUUCGCCGUUAUCCACAAUUUCAACAAAAUCAGCCGUUGACAAAUAAUGAGCCAUUGAUUUCUGUCAUUAGUGGUGCGAAUCAAUUUCAUCCUUCACAAUCGGUCUCAUGGAAUCCACCACCAACUCAUUUUCCACCACCACCAUUAUCGUCGCAGCAAUCAUCUUCAGCUCUGAAUUCCGCUCCACCAGUGCUUGAUACGAUCCGUAAUGCUCCACAAAGUUCUUCACAAUUAUCAUUUGUACCAUCAUCAUCACAAUCGAAUGCCAAUCAAUUUAAUGGUCACCUUGUUGAUUCUUCCAACAACCAACGAACAAAUUCAAGAAGUCAAUCGCAAUCUUUUCCUUCCACAUUAUCUCCAACACAGCCAAGUGAAUCUUCCACACAAUUACCAUUAGCAUAUCCAUUCCAGUAUGAAGAUUUGCAAUCGAAUAAAUCGCGUAUUAAUUUCCGACCAGGUGAUCAUAAUUUACUGGCACCGCUAGCCGAAUCAUCACCACCAGAAUCGACACCGCUACCAAAUCGUUCAACAGUGCCACCAUCGUCAACACCGUCUUCUGUUCAAAGUACAAGCAAAGCAUCUAAUAGUAGCGAUCAUAAAAAAGAUGAUGUUGUCAUCUAUUAUUACUAUUAUUAUGAUGACGAUAAAAACGCUAAGAAUGAUCCUAAUAAUGGACUUGAUGCCAUUCCUUCCUUAGAAGGAUUUGAUGGUGGUGUUAGCGGACAAUCACAGCCAUCGUCGCAAUCACAAUCGAAUGUUGGCAAACCACCUGGCAAAAUUGUUGUAAAACAACCUGGAGAUUCUCCAAUUAAGAUGACAGAUCCACAUUCUGGUGCCAACGUUAAACCGCUUGAUAUAUCGGCUAUUUUGAAUCCAUCUGCUCCAAAUUCAGAAAAUAGACCGCCUACUCAAUCUCAGCAGUCACAAUCAUCGACACCCCCUCAAAUCCAACAAACGCAACCCCAACAAUCACAGCCUUCUAUUUUGCCACAGAUAACGAAUCAUACGAAUCUUGUGUCGAAUAUUUUCCGAUAUGGAAACCAACAGCAACCACAAUCACCAUCAACAUCUACUUCUCAAGCUCCUCCUCAAUUACCAACACAUUUUGAAGCAGAAAAGAUUCAACCACAUCCUAUUGAAAAAUUACCUGAACCCCAAAUACCAACAAACACUGCAGCCCCAGCUUUGGUAUCACGGCCAUCAACUUCACAACAAUUUUCACCUACCAGUUCCGCUCGACCGCGAUACACAACCACCACAACGACUACGACAACAACUACCGCUAUGCCUAGUACUGCUGAAGCAUCAACUACGACAGAAUCUCCGUCACGUAGGCGUUUCGGCAAUCGCCGACCUGGAUUUGGUGCACCAAACCGUUCCACUCCAUCAUAUCGAAAUCGAUUGUCAACUACGACUACCACAACUACAACCACUCCAGCACCACAACGAACAUUUACACGUGCUCCUCCUGUAAAUUUUAAUCCAGCCUCAGUUAAUAUUCGCCGCAAUCGUCCAUUGGCUAAUAAUCGGUUCCGUCGUCCACAACGUCCGGGAUUCGGUUCACCCGUCAAUGAUGAACGUCAUUCUGGAGAUGAUCAACAUGGAAAUGGUGAUGGCGGAGAACAACAUCACUCUUCGACUUCUACAACUACUACAACAACGACAGCCGCACCAUACCGCACAACCCAGGAACAAUCGUCAGCUACACCAAGACGAUUCGGUAAUCGUGGUCGAUAUGGUGGACGAGGCAGUUAUCAACCGCAACCAAGCACUGGACGACAGAAUACAGAAGCGCCAUCAAGUACCACCGAAACUGCUUUACAAUCAACAACAAAACGUCCAAGCGUUUAUGCAAGCCGUAAUCGUCCACAACUUCGUGGUGGUGCUGGUCGAUUACCUUUCCUUCGAAAUAGAAAUCGUAAUCAACCUGAAGAACAACCAGCUAUUUCAUCUACAACGGAAACACCUGUAGCGGCUUCUGUUUCUGCUCAAUCAGACGACCAAAACAAUUCAGGAGGAAACGAUGAUGCAGCUAGUGCGGCUGCUAACGAACCAAGUUUACAAUCGGGUGGUGAUUCCGAUUCAGAAUCACAGCCUGCACCAGGUGAACCAUCUUCAUCAUCAUUGCCAUCAUCAUCAACUGAACGACCUAGAAUCGGCAAUGGACGACAGCGACCUACACUGUUUGGAAAUCGACCAAAGCCAAAUCUAUUCGGAAGAAGAGCUCCAACGCCGGCUCAAAGUGCCUAAAUAAAAAUAUUACAACAAACUGAAAAGCCAUUCCAAUUCAUUUUAUUUAUUACUAUUUUUUUACGAUUUGGAUUUUUUUUCACUGGAUAAUAUAAUUUGCUUAUUUUUCAAGAUAA